AUGCUUAUUUGUUCCUCUACUAUCCUUUUCUCUCCUAGCCUCUUUUUCCUCAACUUCCUCACCUUUUCCCAUCUCCACUGCUUCUCUCCUCUCCCCAUUUUCUCCUUUGCCUUCAUUGACUGUUUUCCCUCCCUUUUCUCUCCCCUCCUUUUGUCUCCUCUCCUCUCUUCUCUCAUUUUCUCUCCCCACUUCUCGUCUCUCCUUCCCUCUCGUCUCCUGCUCACUCCUCUCUUUUAUCCCCCUCUCCCCCCCCUUCCUCUCCAUAUCGCCCCUGUCCUUCUCCCUCCUCUCCUUCUCUUCCCAUUCCCUCUCCCUCCUCUCCUUCUCUUCCCUUUCCCUCUCCCUACUCUCCUUCUCUCCACUUUCCCUCUCCCUCCUCUCCCUCUCUCCCUUUUCCCUCUCCCUCCUCUCCCUCUCUCCCUUUUCCCUCUCCCUCCUCUCCUUCUCUCCCCUCUCCUUGUCCCUCCUCUCCUUCUCCCUCUUCUCCUUCUCCUUAAUUUCCUCCUCCACCUUCCUCCUCUUCCUCUCCUCCCUCCUCCCUUUUCCUUUCCUCUUCCGUUCUCCUUCCCUCCUCCCUUCUCCUUCCCUCCUCCCUUCUCCUUCCCUCCUCCUUUCUCUUUCCCUCCUGCUUCCUCUCCUCGUCCUCCCUUCUCCUCUCCUCUUCCUUUCUCUUCCAUCCUCCAUUCUCCGUUUGUCCGCCUUUCGCUUAUCCUCCUCCCGUUUCUUAUCAUCCUCGUUCUCCUGAGAUCCUCCUUUCUCCCUUCCCCAUUCCUCCCUUUUCAUCCCUCCUCUCCUUAUCCUCCUCCCUUUUUCCUUUAUCCUCCUCCUUUCGUCCUCCCUUUUCAACCCUUCUCCUAUCCUCCUCCUUUCUCCUAUCCUCCUCCCGUUUCCCAUCCUCCUCCCAUCUUCUGUCCUCCUCCUUUCUCCUAUUACCCCUUCCACUUUCCUCUUUCUUUUCAUCCCUCCUCUCAAUCCUCCUCUCCUCCCCCCGAUGACCCACACUCACACCACCUACCUUCACCUCCCCAUUCCCACUCUUCUCUACCUCUGCAUUUCGCCUCGCCUGUUCCUCCCCUUUCUUCCCAUCCCUCCCCUCCCCACGCUUCUCCUCCUCCUUCCUUCGCUUAUUCUCCCUCCCUUCCUCCCCCUCCUCCUCCUCUUCCCCUUUCCUUCUCCCUCCCUUGCCCUUAUCACUCCCCAAAGCCCAUCGCUCUUGACCUUCCCCUUUCUCUUUUUCCCCCUCUCCCACCGCGCCACUCCCUAUUCUCACACCACCAUUCCCACCUUCCUCCUCCUUCCUGCUCUUUUCAGCCGAUUCGAAAUCUUCCUACCUUCCCCUCUCUCCUUUCCCCCCUCUCCCGCUGCGACACUCCCUAUUCUCACACUACCACCCCCACCUUCCUCCUCCUCCUUCCCUGUCUCUUCUGCCAAUGCAACGCCCUUCUGACUUUUCACUCUCUCCUCUUCCCGCUCUCCUGUUGCUCCACUCCCUCUUCUCACACCACUGGCCCCACCCUCAUUCUCCUUCCUCCCUAUCUCUUCUGCCAAUGCAACGCCUUUCUGACUUUUCCCUCUCUCCUCUUCCUCCACCUUCUCAGCCCCUCUUUCUCCUCCACUUCUGUUCACAUCGGCCUUUUCUCCUCGUUCCCGUGCUGUGUCUACCCCUCUUUCCAUUCCUUCCUUACCUUCCCUUGCAACUCUUUCUCCCCCAUCUGCUUUGUGGCUGCUGAGGGUUUCCCCUCCUCCUCUUGCCCCUCCUCCUCUUUUCCCCCCUCCUCCUCUUUCCCCUCUUCCUCUUUCCCCUCCUCUUUCUCCUCCUCCUCCCCUUCUUCCUACCUCCCUUGCUCCUCUUUCCCUUACACCUCCUUCCCCACCUCCUCUUUCCCUCGUAUUGUUGCUGCCCCUCAUUCGUGUCACAUCAACAUCCCUCCUCUCUGCUAUCUUUCCCAUGUCUCGUUCACGCGCUUCCCUUCCAAUAUCCCUUCCUGCCCCAAAAAUACAGCUGCCUGCUUGCAUCUCUGCCCCUCGUUCUUGUCACAUCCACAUCCCUCGUUCUUGUCAUGUGCACCAACUCCCUCCCCCUCUCUGCUGACAUUACUAACGUCUCUCUCGCCUCCUACACUCCCUCUACCCUUUGCUUCUCCACCAUCCACCUCUCUCCCCUUCUCCCUCUCCCUCCCAGCACUCACUCUCUCACCCUCCCACACGUCUCUCCCCUUCUCCCUUUCCUUCCCCUCCCUCCCAUCACUCCCCUUCUCCCUCUCCCUCUCAACACUCACCAACCCCCUCUCCCUCUCCCUCCCCUCACUCCCCUUCUCCCCUUUCCCUCUCCCCUCUCCCUCCCCUCACUCCCCUUCUCCCCCUCCCUCUCCCUCCCCUGACUCGCCUUCGCCCCCUCCCUCUCCCUCUCCCUCCCCUGACUCGCCUUCCUCCCUCUCCUUCUCCCUCCCUCACUUCCAUUCUCCCUCUCCCUCUCCCUCUCCCUCUCCCCCUCUCUCGCCCUCUCCCUCUCCCUCUCCCUCUCCCUCGCCCUCGCCCUCUCCCUCUCCCUCUCCCUCUCCUCACUCACCUUCACCCUCUCCCUCUCCCUCCCUCCUCCAUUCCCAUCGCCCUCUCCCUCUCUCUCCCCUCAGUCCCCUUCUCCCUCUCCCUCUCCCUCUCCCUCCUCUCACUCGCCUUCUCCCUCUCCUUCUCCCUCCCCUCACUCCCCUUCUCCCUCUCCCUCUCCCUCUCCCUCUCCUCUCCCAAUCUCCCUCUCCCUCUCCCUCUGCCUUCUCCUUCUCCUUCACCCUUUCCCUCUCCCUCUCCCUCUCCCUCUCCCCUCUCCCUCUCCCUCUCCUCAACUCAAUCCGGGCCCCUUUCCCACCUUCCCACUCCCCAUCUUCCCCCUUCCCUUCCUCCUCUCCCGUUUCUCCCUCACCCAAAGAUGACUUCCUUUUUCCCUCAUCCCCCCUGUCCGCCUCCUCUCCACCACCCAUCUUUUCCACAAACAGCCCCUGGCGGAAUGACGUUCAGACCAAAGACCAGAGGAGCAUCUAA